AUGUUUGUUAAGGUUAUUACCGCUGCCGCCAUUUUGGCUUUGGCCUGUGGUCAAUAUAACGCCGGCUACGGAUAUAAUCAAGGUUACGGACACAUUGGGUACAGAGCACCUGCUGUUGUUGUGCAACACCAGCCUGUACAAUAUUCGGGAUACAGAGGUCACCAGCAAGACUAUUACGCACCCCCGCACUAUUCGUUCGAGUACUCCGUAAAUGACCCUCACACUGGUGACAUCAAGUCCCAGCAUGAGGCGCGCGAAGGGGAUGCUGUGCGUGGCGCCUACAGCCUGCAUGAAUCUGACGGCACUGUCAGAACUGUUGAGUACACCGCUGAUGCGCACAAUGGG